UGUUCUCUGCAGGUGUCCAUGUGUCAUCUAUGACACUGCCCACACUUCCUUAGGUAUCGGUACAAUAUCGGCCUGGCUCUCUGCUUGCCAGCUGCAGAAACUCGCUCAGCCUUGAGGGAUGCUCCCGUUUGAGACAACUCAUUCCAACUGAGCUCCCAGAAAGCACACCAAGCUCUCGAGCCGUGCCCAUUUCUCCCAGCUCCCAUAUUUUCCUUGGGAUAAAGCGUACUUCGGGGCUCCCGGUCCCGCCGCCCCUGCCCUGAGGGGAUCGCCGGGCCGGUUCCUCCCUCAGGCCUCCCGGGGGGCCCGGCCCCCAGCGCCGCCCUUCCCCGUCGCCAUGGCGAGGCCGCGGCGUCCCGGGCCGCCCUGAGGCGCCGCGGGGAGCUCGUCCUGCCGCCGCGCCAUGAGCCCAGUUAAAAUGAAUGUGUUGCCUCAAGCGAUCCUACAAAGCCCAGGGGAGCAUCCCAGGUUCGUAAAGCAGCCUGUUUGCCCCCCAUUAGACUUUGCAAGGAUUCAUUUGAUCAAAGACAAAGAUGGCAUAGAUGAUUAUUUGGCGAAGAAUAUCAAAGGGUUGUCAAAACAAGAAGCUGCAGCUAACAGGAAUUCAUACACGAAGAACAUCUGCAUAGACAUGCUGCGCCGGGGUUAUCACAAGUCCUUCUCCGAGCUCUUCACUCUGAUACAGAAGUGGAAUGCCUUGAGGGAGGCUGCAGGGCCUGGGUCAGCCAUAUGGCAUGAGAAGUCCCUGGAGGAGCAGCCUGAUAAGCUGGAUCAGCUUUACCACUUCCUGACCAGGGCUGAGGCAGCCCAGCGAGCAGGGCUCUACGAGGAGGUGUACGAUAACCAGCUGAACUUGGCCUGCUCUUUCGAAGACCCUGAGGACAAAUGGUUAAGUGACUACUUUUAUGAGCAAUGCUUUAACACUGCUCAAUUAGUAAAAAUUGAUGGUGGGAAGAGAAAGGCACAAGCACAUGUAAACAUGGGCCUCAUCAAUGAGGGACACGGUCAUGUCAUGGAAGCUGCUGAGCAUUAUGAAGCAUUUUAUCAGCUAACAGAGGGAUCAUCAUGGACGGAUGAGACAGGCCAUACUUACAAUUUACUGGCAUGUGAGCAUCUCUGGAGAAUUUAUACAUUACUAGCAGACAAAAUGCUAGAAAAUAAAGAACACCAAGAGGCCAUCAAAACACUAAUAAAAGCUUUAAAGAUGGCAAAAGAAGGUAACGUGAAGAUGGAAGGAGAAGCUGCAUAUUGCUUAAGUUUGGCAUAUCAUUUUUCUGGAGAACAACAGACAGCAUUAUCAAUUUUGAACACCUCUUUAGCAAUAUUCACAGCACUUCGUGAUUCUGCUGGCCUGGGCAGAGCAUAUGCAGCUGCAGCCAAGAUCCUGGCAAGUCAGGGGAAGUCAGCUGAAACUUUGAAGUACUUGGGAAAGUUUAUAAAGGAUGCUGAGAAUGCUCACCUAAGCCAAAGCGUGCUGGAUGCAAAUGUAUUACUUGGGAAAGUUCACAAUGAAAGAGGGAACUAUAUUGAAGCUUUUGAAUAUUUCAGUCAAGCUUCUGAGGCAGCCAAAACUUUAAACAGUGUGCCCUUAGUGGAUGAAACAAAGGCUUACUGUGGCAUUGCAAAGGCUCAUCAGCUGAUGGUGGCAUUUAACAGCCAUGUAGCAGCAGAAGAUCCCGUCAGCCUCAAGUACCUGCUGGCAUGGAAGGAAAACAGAAGUGACAUGUGCGCUGACCCUCUUACAGUCGAACUUGAUAAAGAAACAAGUGCCUCAAAGCCUCUGUGAGCCUCUGUCCAAGACACGAGUUCUCGUUCCUUCCUGAGGAUGCCUCCUUACUGACAGAGGAGCUGACAGAUGUAUAAUGAGUACAGGAAAAUCCUUGAGGAGACAUGCAACAAAGUAGGAAUUUCAGUAGGGAUUUUGUCGUUAAAAUGGGAGCACAGUGUUGCAGUACAAAUAUCUGAGAGCUCUAAGAUAUAUUAUGACUGAAAUGUGGCUUCAAUGUGUAUUACAUGUUUUCAUCAAAAAUAGCUGGUGUUGUUGAAAUAAAUAAAAACAAAGAAAAAGAGUAGUAGAACAGAACGUUUAUACUUUGUGCCCCUAAUGCUUAAUGUCUUCCAAAGUGUCAAUAUGCUCCCAUUAAGAUAUUAAACAUCAUUUAUGCCUAUGGAA